UUUCUCUUCCUUUUUGUCGUUUUUUUCCUUUUUUUUUUUUUGGGUAGGGAGAGGGAUUUUAUCUGGUUUUAGCUUCAAUUUUCGCUAUAUGCCAGCUCAUCAAUCUUUUAGGCUUUGAAUUUUAUGUUUUUGGAGCUGAAUUCUUGCUGUUAAAUUUUGAUUUCUGUUUGGAAGCUGUGCUUUUAAAUUUACAAAAUUACAAUAAACUAAUCAGAUUGGUUAAAUUUUCUUGGUUAGUUAGUUUGCUUAAUACGAAAUUUCUUUUGCUUUAAGGUCGAAGUUAUAGAAAUAACCAGAAUCUGUUAAAAGUUUUCUCAUAUGUAUCGAAUCGGAAUUUUAACUCCAGCCAUUCGAAUCUGAGACAUGCUUGGAAAUUGGUCACCUGUUUUUGUGAUCAAAUUUCUUUUCAAACGGUGUGUUUCUAGGUAUAUUUAACGUUUUAUGCUUUUUGGUACGUGUGCCACCCACCAAUUUAGCACUCAGAAUUCGAAAUUUCUAUUCAAUUUAAAGUGUAUCCUUUUUUUUUGAAGAAAAAUUCAUUACACAAAUUACAACUAUGCAUAUCGGGAAUUCCUUUAUAGACCAGGAUUCAUGGUUUGCUGCUGAGAUAUUCCAUGACUUGCAUGAAGAGCUAAUGGCAACUGCUGCAAGAGGCCAUGGUCUAAUGGCUCGAGUCCUACAACUUGAGGCGGAGUUUUCUUCCAUUGAGAGGGCUUUUUUAUCACAAACCAAUCAUUCAUUAUUCUUUACCAAUAUAGGUGUUGACUGGCAUCCUAAUCUGCGCACUGAACAUAAUCUGAUCACUCGAGGAGACUUACCUUACUGUGUGCUGGAUUCUUAUGAGGAAUGUCGGGGCCCACCACGGUUAUUCCUUUUGGACAAAUUUGAUGUCGCAGGUGCUGGGGCAAGCUUAAAGCGUUACACUGAUCCGUCUUUCUUUAAAUCAGAAUCAGCUUUCCCUGGAAUUGCACUGGUAGAAGUUCAGAGAGAAAAGAAAGCCCGUAAAGUUAAGAAGAAAGGAUCACGCUGGAGUAAUGGAGAUACUCCAGAAUUUGCAACAACAUCACAUGCCAAAUUGCAUCAGCUGUUUUUGGAGGAGCGUAUUGAGAAUGCUUACAAUGACCCUGCUCGUCUUGUAAAACUGAAAAGAAGGCAAUUAAAUGAAUCUCCACUUGACUCAAAAUCUGGGAAAAGUUACAUGGAGAAAUUCCUGGAGACUCCUUCACUGGCGUGUAAAGCGGUUUGUGAGACCUCUGGUACUCCACCACCUGUGAGAUCGACAUUGGAUAAUUCUAGUGAAUCUUGGCAUGAAAUUAGUGCAGUGAGUCCUGUGAAAAAGUCUGCACAAGGAAAGGAAACCUCAAGUUCUUCACCUUCUGCACGAGUUGUCCUGAAACCAUCCACACGAGAGUUGAAUGGAGAAGUCAUCGAUAGAGAGAUUGUGAAGAUGCCUGAUCCAACAGCUAAUUUCACAGAUGGAAUUCUCCUUCCCCUUCAUAAAGUAACAAUUGAAAAGGAAAUGAUAGUAGAUGGAGAAGGCAGAAAAGAAUGCAGCAUAGAUGGGGACCAUUCUGAUGACAUGGCCAGUGAGGUUGACAAUUACAUGGAUGCCCUUACUAGCAUGGAGUCUGAAAUUGAUACAGACAAUGAAUUCAGAUCUAAAAAUGAUAUUGGCUUCAUAAAUUUUGGAAAAUAUCGAACGGGUUCUGAUGCAAAUGAGGAAAAGCUCGAGGUCCAAGCCCAUUCAUCAGAUUCUCAAUCAGUUGGGAUCUCCUCUGCAUCUGAUGGUGGAAACUGCUUGUUCAAGAAAGGAAGAUCUAGUUUUUCCUACUCUGAUACUAUGGACAAUCUGGCUGAAGAUGUGCCAUCAGAUGGUGACGUAGCAGCUAGAGUCUUCCCUUCUGAUAAAAACAGUGUUACUGAGAUUGUCAAGGCACCCUCCAUUCAGUUUCCUGCAUGUUCAGAGAUGCAAUGUUCCAGUUCUGAUAAGGUUUUGUCACCAAAAGAUACCUUUUUUGGUGAAUGCAGGCUUGCUGAUCUUGGAGAAGCAUCUUAUAGUUCAUGUCUUGAAGAUUUGAAUUCAACGUACAUUUUGUUGGAUCAAGCAAGUUCAAUGGAAGUUUCUUUGCCGGAACCACAGCUUGAUGAGGUGUGCUUUAAUGGUGUCAAAAAGUUUUCUGAUUUGUCAGACAGUGAUGGUGGAAAAUAUCUGGCUGAUUCUUCAGAAGUCAUUUUGGUUGAUUCUUCUGAGAAACAGGAGGUUUCUUUGAUCAGUCUUUCUUCUGAAAGCCAUCCAGUGGAUGAGUUAGACAGUGGAGACACAAAUGUCUCUUCUGAUGCUUUCCUACAUUUAUCAAACAUAUUACAGCUUGCUCCUGAAAGGAGAAGUGCUAAUGAUCCUUUAGAUGAAGUUCUUAAAGCAGCUUUUUCUGAAGAGAGUUGUGCUGAAAAUUCGGUCAACCAAAUGAUUGGUUCACCAAAUUCUGUUAUUCAACCAACAGAGGAGCAACUCCCUUUUUCAACUUCGGCAGAAGUAGAAAGAAGUUCAGGUAUUAUACUAUCACCUGAAGGUUUGGAUGUUAUGAAGCCUGUCAACUUAUCUUCGGAGGUCAAUGAUGAUACUUUAGAGGCUGGUCUCAACUCAGAAUGUAUGACUCCUUUGGUGGAGACUUCACAGACUUGUGGCUUUAAUGAACGGCAGUUUUCAGACAUAUUACACGAUGAUACACAACUUGAAGCUGACCCUACAGAUAUAGGAUCUUCUUAUUCUGAACAGAAACAAAAUGUUGAUGAACUUUUUGAUGCUGCAGAGGGGGAAGAAACUAGGGAAUCUACCUGCAGUGUGAAUGCAGUGGAAGGGGAUGCUAUCCCUUUUGAUCUUCCAUCUCAUUGCAAUGAUAAUUUGGACCUCAAGGAUCAUGUGGGCUUAGAUGAUCUGGCAACUAAAAAUGUUCAUGCUGAAAGUAUUGCAGCAGUUUCCAUUGCUGCUUUUGGUUCUGCUGACUUUGAUGAUGCUGUUGAUAAUACUAGUUUUCAGUCUUCAAAUUUGAUUUGUUCUCUAUCUGGAAAACUGAUGAAUUUGGAAGAGUCUCUUUCUGGUGAUGGGGAGCUAUGUCAGGAAAUUUUGGAAUCUAAUGAGGUUAUUUCUCAAGUAUGUCUUAUAGAGUUAGAUACACGACAAGAAAGAAAUCAAGUGGAAGGUGCUCUAGCAGAUAUAGAUUCCACUUCAUGCAAAUCAGUCACUUGCAACAAUUCCAAUUUAGAGGAUGAUUCUCUGGCUGAGCUAACUAAAAAUAGUUUGAAUUUCAUUGAUUUAACCACUGCACCAUCUUCUUUGGAAUUGAGUGAUCAAGACUCAGAAUCGAAAUAUUUGAGUCAUCUGAUGGACAGUGGGGAAGAAGUGGUGUCUUCACCUACGUAUUACCUAUCUGAAAAAGAAACUUCUAUAGAACAGUCAUUAGACUUCCAUACUAAUCAACAUGAUGUGGGAAGCCUGCAUACAGUUGAAGAUAGUUCAAAUUCAUUAAAUCCCGUGUCCAAUCAGAUACCAUCUCUGGAUCAUGUUGAUCAGGAAAAAUGCUUACAAACGUCUUUUGAACAUUCCAAAGAAGGCUCUUCAAGUCAACCUUCAUUAGAGGUUUCACAACAAUCAGUUAGGCAGGAUAAGCAAGCAAGUUAUCCAUCAGAUCCUAUACAUCCUGCCUUUGUCCUGCAGUCUGAGCCAACUAAAGUUAGUAUGGAGGCAAUGCCACCAUUGCCCCCUCUUCCUCCGAUGCAGUGGAGGAUAGGGAGAGUUCAACAUGUUUCUUCAGCUGCACAAAGAGAAUUGGUUGAACAUGGUCAAGAGUCAUUCCCAAUGAUAACACAAUACAGAACUGACGAGAAAGCUCAAUUUGGUUUAUCAGCAUUAGAGAAGGGGAUUGAACUGUCUAGAAACCCAUUUUUACCUGUCUUGGAUGGUGAAGAGAAGUCUGGUAAUGUGUCUGAUCAAUUGGCUGCUAAUUUCAUGCAGCCUUGUCCUUUUUCUUUUCUCCCGCCAACUGCUGAUUACAAUGCUAAUAGCCAAUAUAAUGGUGCCUGUUUAAAUAGAACACACUCAAACCCAUAUUUGACAUUAGCCAUAAUACCCAUUGAAAGCCUUGAAUGUGGUUCCAUUGCUAUGGAGGGUGAUAGGGUAGAAGCCAGUUGCUCCUUGCCUAUGCCAGCUACUGAUACAGCUUGUAGACGUAUUCCUGUAUCCUCAGAUGAGAAAACAACAUAUCUUUCAAACCAAUUUGUACUGGAUACAGGUUUAGAAGGUGAGCACCACAAACAAAAUUCUGAGGGAGAACAUGAGAAUCCUCCUGAUAUAUCUCUGCCCCCACCAACUAAGAGAGAGGUACAGAUUCGAACCAAGGUAGCAGAGGAUCUUCCUGCCAACGUAGAAGGGCUGUUUCCAGUCAAGGAAGAGGAGCAGCCUCAGCAUGGUUUGGCAGCUUCAGCACGAGAAACUGCACAGACAUCAGAUGCCAUCUUUCAGCAUGGUUUGACAUCUCCUGAGGAAGAAAUUGCAUUGGCAUCACAUACAACUCUGCAGGACAAUUUGUCAACUUCAGAGAGAGAAGCAGCAUGGUCAUCAAAUACACUUGCUCUAUUACCAGUUGUUGAAGAUGGAAACUCAAAUGGGAAUCCAACGAUUAAACUUCCUCGACCUCGCAAUCCUCUUAUUGAUGCUGUUGCUGCUCAUGGCAAAAGCAAGUUGAGAAAGGUAACUGAGCAGGUUCGACAUCCAAUCAUUCCAAAGAUAGAUGAAAGAGAUUCAUUGCUGGAACAGAUAAGAGCCAAGUCCUUCAACUUGAAGCCUGCAGUGGUGACCAGACCCAGCAUUCAGGGUCCUAAAACCAACUUAAAAGUUGCAGCAAUCUUCGAGAAAGCAAAUGCAAUUCGCCAGGCAUUGGCUGGAAGUGACGAAGAUGAUGAUGAAGAUGGUUGGAGCGAUUCUUGAAAGGAUCUUACGCAAUGGCACAUUUUUUGUGGUUACUUCUUCAAAAUGUUUGAGCCAAUUAAUUUCCCCGUCUUAGUGAAUAGGAAAAAUAUUUUUGGUCUAGUCACUGGUGUAUUCUUUUCCUCGACAUUCUCAUUCUGUUGGUGUAUAAUAUUCUGACUUUUUUCCCGUGUAUCUCACUCACACAAUGGGGACUUAGUCACCGGCACUUGCCCUGCUAUAUGUUCACGGAGUCGGAAUCCAAUGUGCGGUGAAAUGCUUAUAGAAGAACCGAGUUUCAUGGCUCAGCGUGCAAGCCUCGUUCCACUGCACUGCCAGUCGAAUGCCGUGUCUUAAUAUUAUUUGAAGAUCUGGAAAGGUGUAAAUUGCUUUUGAAAAAUCAGUAAAUAUAAAUUUUGAUAUGUA